GGAUCUGCGAGGCGAGAGGGCGGGAUUUUUCUGGGGAAGGGGCGGGCACUGAGGAGGGAGCUGGAGGCAACCCUGGCCGUCAGAGCACAUCUGGUGUGAGACGAGCUGGUAGGCUCCCGAGAGACUGUGGUGAGACGGGAGUGGAGGCUGUGUUGAACAGACUCUGGAAUCAUGAACGUAUUUGAUCGGAAGAUCAACUUUGAUGCUCUCCUAAAAUUUUCCCAUAUAACUCCCUCGACACAGCAGCACCUGAAGAAGGUUUAUGCCAGUUUUGCACUGUGUAUGUUUGUGGCAGCUGCGGGAGCCUAUGUCCAUGUGGUCACUCACUUCAUUCAGGCUGGCCUGCUCUCUGCCUUGGGCUCCCUGGGUUUGAUGAUUUGGCUGAUGGCGACACCUCAUAGCCGUGAAACUGAACAGAAAAGAUUGGGACUUCUUGCUGGUUUUGCUUUCCUUACAGGAGUUGGCCUGGGCCCUGUGCUUGAAUUGUGCAUUGCUAUCAACCCCAGCAUCCUUCCCACCGCCUUCAUUGGCACUGCGAUGAUCUUCACCUGCUUCAGCCUCAGCGCCCUUUAUGCCAGGCGCCGGAGCUACCUCUUCCUGGGAGGUAUCUUGAUGUCAGCCAUGAGCCUGAUGCUCUUCUCGUCUCUGGGGAAUCUUUUCUUUGGAUCCAUUUGGCUUUUCCGGGCAAACCUGUAUUUGGGGCUGAUGGUCAUGUGUGGCUUUGUCCUCUUUGAUACUCAACUCAUUAUUGAAAAGGCUGAAAAUGGAGAUAAGGAUUAUAUCUGGCAUUGCGUUGAUCUCUUCUUAGAUUUUGUUACACUCUUCAGAAAACUCAUGAUGAUCCUGGCUAUGAAUGACAAGGACAAGAAAAAAGAGAAGAAAUGAAAUGGCCAUCAGUCUGUCCCAGCUCGACUUCCUGUCCCUCCACCCUUCAUUUCUUUGCACACAUUACAGGUGGCGUGUUCUAUGAUAAUGAAAAGCAUCAGAAAAGCUUUUGUACUUUGUGGUUUUCUCUACUUUGAAUUUUUUGAUUGAAAAAAAAAAAAGAUUAGUGAAUAGUUUGGAGUUUGGCUUUAUAUUCCUGGGGUUCUUCCUACUCUUUCUGUUAGCCAUCCAUAGUCUCAGGCAUCUGGUACACCGGAAUGAAGAGUGGGGCCAGCAGAGGGAGCAAACUCCAGGAGUCUGCAUUCCUGCCAAGCAGCUCUGCAAAUGGACCUGGACUGUUUGGUAGGGCCUCCUUUGGCCCUUGCUGUUUGGUUUGUGCGCAAUUCCUGUGGAACUGGGCAGUGUGUUUUCCAUUGAGAAGAAGCUUGCUCGUCUCCUGGUUAACUCAGACUCAUUAUACCUGAGCUUUCAGUCCUACAAAGAAGAGAGACUGGUGAGCGCUUUGCUUUCUCAGCACCUCCUGAGCUGGUCUGGCAGACACCUUGACACCUUGUCAUUGCAAAGGGAAUGUGGACCUGUGUGUGUCCCUUUCCCACCCCUGCCUGACCCUCAGGGAAUCUGUUUUCCAUCAUUGGGGUGGGAGGACUUGAGCACAAAGGGAAGAGUUCAUUCUUGUCAGGCAUUUAUGGAAUGGCUUGAGUAUGUAUGGCAGGAUAGAGCUAACAACUUUUCAAAUUUCCCCUGGUGUUUGUAUUUUUUGGUUGGCUUUUUAAAUUGAUUAUCACCUUUGUUAACUAACUCUUAUCACGUGGCUGUGAUGAAAGUCCCGAGAGAAGAAGGAUAAGGGAGCUCAUUGUAAUGCCAGACAAGCCGAGAUAAGAAUUAGAACAGUGGGGAUCAGUGAAACAGGGGUGUAAUGACUUACAGGCAGCAUUCCUAAUGGCUCCUCAGUGCAUUUUUUCUAUUAGACCUGGACACUUGGGGAGUGUCCAUCCAGAGGUUCGGAAGAAUAGGUAAAUUUUUAUUUUAUAUGCACUUGAGCUUUUGGUUUGUUCACCUCGUUCCAGAAAUUUGCAGCUUACUAGUCAAGAGCAAGGUGAGAAAACUGCAAGUGCUCCAGUUCCCUUUUACUUGUGGUUACAUGUGGGUGGGCUGUCCUGAUGGGGGUCCACCAGCUCCUUCCUUGUGGGUGACCACAGUCAGCUGGUAUAGGAGGUCAGCAUCAGGAAUGGUCCUUGCCCUGGCUACUCAACAGUUUCAGUACACGGGCACCAAGCCUUCGCAUUACCAUAGGAUGCGAUGCUACUUUUGGCUUUCCCUGUACACAACCAGUGUAGUUUGACACAGGGGCUGCUGGUUUAUCAUCUCGAGUGGCAUGCCCACAGAAGGGCUUGAGAGUGCUGUUCUCUGGAACUUGCUAAUGGGACUUCCCUCAUAUGAAGCUGUCAUUAACAACUUUGCAUAAAUAUGAGGAUUCUCUGCUAGGUCUGAGAAUCUGAAUUUCACUUUUAGAAGCCAAACUCCACCUCUUGUGCUUUUUGCUUGGGAUAAAGGAGUUUUUCUUUAGAAACAGUGCCAAGAAUGACAAGAUAUAAAAGUACUUUUAAAGAAAAUGCCUAACAGGUUUUUAAUACAGUUAUCACUGUACUUUCCACUUUCUUUUCUAGUUCCUUGGUUGUCAGCUUAGGCUGCAUUCUAACUCAUACUGUGAAGACAGAGGUGUUUUUGAUUCAGAAAUAAAUAUCUACAUAGUCUUAAUUUGUAAAAAAUAAAGAAAAUUCCUUAACCUUU